AUGAAGUUGACUUCGAGGAAACCCUACACGGUCACCAGGCCGACGUAUUCCGAGGACAGCUUUGCGGAAGACCACCAAAAAAUCCCACGCUUGCACAAAACCCCAUCGAGCCACGUUAAAGACUACCUGACAUGCGACGCAAAGAGAGCCAAAAAUGUGGCGCUCUCCCUUCUCCCCAUUGUCGGCUGGAUGAAAGCGUACCGAAUCCGAGAGUGGCUGCCGGGGGAUCUUCUGUCCGGGGUCAGCACGGGCAUGGUGGCAGUCAUGCAAGGACUGGCCUUUUCUUUGCUGGCCUCGCUUCCUCCCAGUUAUGGCCUCUACACCGCUUUCUUCCCCAUGCUCACCUACUUCUUCCUCGGAACGUCCAGGCACAUAUCUGUCGGCUCGUUCCCGGUGCUCAGUUUGAUGGUGGGUGCCGUGGUGACCCGCCUGGUCCCGGAAGACGGACCACCCGCCAACAUCACAGACUUUGAAGGGUUGACGCCGGACCACCAGAGGGUGCUGGUUGCCUCCUCUGUGACUUUUCUCAUGGGGCUCUUCCAGCUGGCCAUGGGGGUUCUCCAGGCCGGCUUUGUGGUGGUGUACCUGUCAGACACGUUGGUGUCCGGGUUCACCACAGCGGCUGCCGUCCACAUCGUGGUGUCCCAGCUCAAGUUCGUGUUGGGCCUGACCGUGCCAGGCAUCAACGGGCCGCUCUCCAUCAUUUAUACCCUGGAGAAGAUCUUUGUCCAGAUCACGUCCAGCAAUGUGUGCGACCUGAUGAUGUCAGUGGUCAUCAUGCUAGUGGUGUUCAUCGUCAAGGAGCUGAAUGAACGUUACAAAGCCAAGCUGCCUGUGCCUAUUCCCAUUGAAGUCAUUAUGACCAUUAUAGCGUGCGGAGUGUCGUACGGCUUCACCUUCGAGACCAGAUAUGGAGUCGACGUUGUGGGCAAAAUGCUAAGUGGGUAUGAGUCUCCGAUUGCCCCCAGCGUGGAAGUCUUCCAGGAGAGCGUCGUGGAGGCUUUUCCCAUCGCCAUCGUGGGCUUUGCGGUGGCCUUUUCCGUGGCCAAAGUUUACGCCAUCAAACAUGAUUACACCAUUGACGGCAACCAGGAGCUGAUUGCGUUCGGCGUGAGCAACAUAUUCGGCGCCAGCUUCCGCUCAUUUGCCGCCAGCACGGCUCUCUCCAGGACGGCCGUGCAGGAGAGCUCGGGAGGCCGAACGCAGAUCGCAGGGCUCAUAUCAGCCAUGAUUGCCAUGAUCGUGACUGUGGCGCUUGGCUUUCUACUGGAGCCACUUCCCAAGUCGGUCCUGGGGGCGUUGGUGCUGGUGAACCUAAAGGGCAUGUUGAUGCAAUUCCGAGACAUCCCCUACCUGUGGCGGAGAGAUAAACAUGAAUGUGUGGUGUGGGUGGGCACGUGUACCAGCUCCAUCCUGCUGGGACUGGAUCUCGGACUGGCAGUCGGCUUGGGGGUGGAGCUUCUCACGGUGGUCUUCAGGACUCAAUUUCCACGCUGCGCCAUCUUGGCAAACAUCCCCGGAACCGACAUCUACAGGGAUCGUAAAGACUACCUACACAUACUUGAACCCAAAGGAGUGAAAAUCUUCCGAAUCCCCGCUCCCAUCUUCUUUGCCAAUAUUGACUUUUUGCGGGACAAGCUUAUAGAGGCCGUUGGCUUUAACCCUCUGAGGGUUCUGCGGAAGAGGACCAAGGCUUUGAAAAAAAUGAGGAAGCAGGAAGAGCCGAUGAAGGAGAAAGCCGGGAAGGAUUUGGAAUUUUGCAAGCCGCCGUGCGCCCCACAGCUUUAUCCGUUGGAUCUCCACAGCCUCAUCCUGGACUUCUCUGCCGUCUCCUUCCUGGAUAUCUCUGCUCUCAAGGGGCUCAAAACAGCUCUCAAAGAGUUCAUACGAGUUGACGUGGCUGUUUACAUAGCGUCAUGUGAUGUGUGCAUACUGGAAAAACUCCAGAGCUGCAUGUUCUUUGACGAUGACCUUCAGACGUCUAUGUUCUUCCCGAGCAUCCAUGACGCCAUGAUGCACGUGCAGGACAAACACAAGUUGGACACUGUAGAAAACUGCUUGCCACUAGAAACCAAAAUGUAGAAGUCCUCAACAUUCAUGGUCAUCCUUUUUAAAAAAAAAGAGAUAUUCUGAAAAAAAUGCACGUCACAAUAAAAUCGGAUCCUCUUCA